AUGGCACGCGGCCGGAACCUCGGUCCUACUAUCACAGGCGCAAACCCACCACCAACAUGCCUCCUAUGCGAGAUGCAAAUCCCAUCGAUGCAUGAUUCUGGAAUUGCAGACUCCCUUGAGGAUGCUCAAUUGCUGCUCAAAAGUCAAUGGAGGGGUUAUUGGAAAUCCAGUCUAAAGCAUGUGACGGUGCCAUCCAUCAAGGUAGAAGAGGCAUGCUUUGGCGAUUUUCCCCGGCUAUGGUCAUGUUUCUGUCGAGCUAUGAUCAAGGAGUCAGAUACUAAGUAUCGUCUAACGGGUAUUAACGUGGUGCCACGGCACCUAAAUGUCCACUAUAAUUUCCCGAAAGAUCCAACAAUCGCGAGAAUUGGUGGGAGAGAAAAUGCCCGAUAUGAUGAUCAAGACUUCACUCGAUUCCUUGCUGCGAAGAUCGGAAGACAGCCGCGCCAGUAUAAAGGGGAGCUACUUGGAUAUAUUAUUCAUGCUCAUUGCUGGGUGCUCUUUGGCCGAGUUCUGGGGGCCUUGCCGACUAAGACCAAACUCGCGAAAUUUAUCCAAUCUUCCCGAAAACACUGGCGCAAAGAAAAAUUACACGGCUUAGAAGAUUACAACAUUCGCUGGGUCAAGCCGAACCAGGCCCUAUCAGAGCUUGAGUACGGCUGUGAUAUUUAUCAGAAUCCACUAGUCAUACCAGCGCUUCAAGAAGUGAUUACCCGCGCGAACCCAAGCCACACCAUAUACCCUCUUUUUAACAAGCUUCCGAUAGAACUUGCUGUCCUGAUCUGUGAGUGGAUCUGCCCAGCUGACUACACCUCGAAUGAUGUUGAAAACCUGCGCAAUCUGCUUUUCGCAUUUCAGUGGGAGAUGCCGGAUGGCUUUUGGCGAAGGUGGCUAAAAGAAGAUUUAUUCUUCGAGUUAGAUACUCUCAGGAAGUCUAACUCUCCAGUGAAUUGGCAGGUAUUGGGACUUGAUUUGAUGGCUCUUGUCUCAGAUCGAACAUGGUAUACUACCAAUGGUCUAGCGAAUCGUGAACGCAUACUCAGAAAUAUAAUUGCUAUCAAAAGGGGCUUGGGAAUGAGUUAA